CGAGCCGCCGCCAAAAUGGCACCGCCGCGCUUCCCCAGCCGGGUCACGGCGGCCCCGCGCAUGCGCCGCGGCCCCGCGCCGGCCCCGCCCCGCCGGUUGUGUGCGCUCUGCCGCGGAGCCGGGGCCAGCCGCGGGCGGUUCCCCAGCGGCAGCGCCACUGCCCGGUGCCGGUGGCGGGCGGGGAAGAGCGGGCAGCCAUGGAGUUGCGCAGGGUCCGCCGGGUCUUGCGCGGCGGAGCUUGCCCGCCCGAGCACCGGGCACGGGCGGGGCGGCGUGGCCCCACCCCCUCGGGCGGAGCCGGGUCCGGUGGACAAGAUGGCGGCGGGGCUGAGGGCGGUGCAGCGCUGGAGGCUGGCGGCGGCAGCACCUGGCCUCGCUUUUACUCGUUCUGCAUUUGUUGUGGGAAAACAGAAUAAUGCCCAACCAAACUGGCUGGGAGUUGGCUUGGCAUUUAGCACCAGUGCUGCCUUGUGGGCUCUUCUUGUCAAGCAGCAUAAUGAUGAUGUAAUGGAAUAUGAAAGAAGAAAACAAGUGAGAGGACAUAAGUGUACAGGAUGCUCAUAGU